AUGGAUGAACUGGCUGUCAGUGAUACGGAGCAGCUGUACUCUAGCAAAGCCUUCGUUUUCUGCAUGCUGGCUGCCCUUGCAGUGCUCAUGGGGGUCGAUGGGCUUCCCCGAAGGAACUCAGGAAAAUCAGGAACUCAGCAUGGCAAGAUGGGGCAGGAGCUGCAGACCUCAUCCGCGGUGGAAUCGGUAAAUCUCCUGCUAAAUAUUAGCACCACAGGCACCUCGGUCCAAGUUCCCGAACUGAGCAACCGCUCCUUGUCUCCAUGGACAUACAGCACCAUCCAUGACGAAUCAGUGUUUCCUUCAUACAUGGCUGAGGCUAAGUGUUUGCUCACGGGCUGCUGGAAUUCUGCUGGAGAGGAAGUCAUGGAUCUCGAGUCCAGGCCCAUUUACCACCAGGUCCUGGUCCUGAAGAGGGUCCACGGCGACAGGGGGGCCUACGUGUACAAGCUGGAGACCAAGUCCAUCGCAGUGGGCUGCACCUGCAUCCGCCCAGUCGUAAUCGAGCACAAGUAG